GUCUUCGAAAUCAAGUUGGUUUCGAAACGGCCUCAAAAUUCACUUGAGAUUUUAACCAAUUUCCGUCUAUGGAUUUGGCUUUAAAAUAUGUUUUUCAUCAACCGCAAAGGGUACCUGUUAACAUGGUAGUGUUUUAAAAGCAAUUCAUGUUAUGGUUUAAGCGCAUGCAGUGUGUUUAGGUACUCGGUUCGACUACGUCUUUUCUGACUGAUGGCCGCUGUUGCAUUGGCCAUUGUUGAGAGAGUUAAGAAGAUCUAUUAUGAUUAGGCAAAGGAAAGUUGGAUUGGUGUGAGAGCGAAGAACCGAAAAAUCAACUUUAAGACAUUUAUGGAAAAUAACUGCUUGUGAAGUGAUUCAGCUUGAUACUUCUUGGCUACAAGGACAAAGACAAGAUUUUUAUGCUGUCUUGUUAUGAAUAGUGAUUAUAUGUUCGACUCACCUUGUUGAUCUUGCUCCAUCGAUCUUUCAUAAUGAGUCACACUAGCCCGAGUGAAGCGGCCAAGGCCAAUUCUCCUAGCAACCCUCCUAUCCCAAUUCGUCAUGAAUCUCUAGAUGUUUCCAAGUUAGCCGAACUACCUGGUGGCCUGACUAAGAUGCCGUUAACUCUAUCCCCUGGAAGUGAAGAUGAAGAUGCUGAGGGUUCCUGCACAUUCAACGCAUUAAAUCUAUGGAAACAUUCAUUCCAAAGUCAGUAUGAGAUGUAUUUAGGACAAGAACUGUGUGAUAUUGAGUUGAAAGUUGGAAGUAGUUAUAUCCAGUGUCACCGUCUUGUUCUGGCGUGUGUAAGCCGAUAUUUUAAAGUCAUGUUCACAUCCAAAAUGGCAGAGUCGACAAAAGAGAGCAUCACAAUUAAUGACAUUGAUGAACAAGCCAUGAAAUCAUUGAUUGAAUUUGCAUACACAGGAAAAAUCACAAUGACUGUCAAUAAUGUGCAGCCAUUACUCUAUGCCUCUUCUAUCUUACAAAUGGAGACAGUGGCAUAUGCUUGUAGUGAUUUCAUGAAAACACACUUGGAUCCGAGCAACUGCAUCGGUGUCCGUAAUUUCGCUGAGCAGCAUGGGAGAUCAGAGCUUUUAAAAGUGGCAGACAAUUUCAUCUUUGAUAACUUCACGGAGGUGACAAAAUGUGAUGAAUUUAACGAGAUAUCUGAACAUCACAUAGAAACAAUAGUCUCUUCAAUGGACCUCAAUGUUGAUAGUGAAAUUGAGGUAUAUGAAGCAGUCAUGAAGUGGCUGAAUCACAAAUUACCAGAACGAGAAGGUCUGCUGACGAAAUUGAUCUCUAGGGUGAAGUUGCCUUUGAUUCCGGCACCAUAUUUGAUGACCCGGGUAGAAAAGGAUGCAAUUUUAAAAAAGAAUCUUGAAUGCCGGGAUUUCUUGGAUGAAGCAAAAUAUUACCAACUGGCUUUGUCAGGAGUUCUGCCGGAAGUAAUGCUGACAGAUCGGCACAGGCCAAGGAAAAGUUGUGCAGGUGUGAUGUUCUGUGUUGGAGGUCGAGGAGCCGAGGGAGAUCCAUUUCGUAGCAUUGAAUGCUAUAACCUUCGCAAAGAUACAUGGUUCCAUGUUGCUGAGAUGUCAACAAGGAGGCGCCACGUUGGUGUGGUUUCUGUUAAUGGUCUGCUUUAUGCAAUUGGGGGACACAAUGGUUCGAAUCACUUGAGCUGUGGAGAGGUGUUUGAUCCAGAAACAAACAGAUGGAAGUUCAUUGGAUCCAUGUCUACUCCAAGGAGGGGCAUAGCUCUGGCAAGUCUUGGAGGUCCCUUGUAUGCUGUAGGCGGUUUAGACGACAGUGUUUGCUAUGAUAUCGUUGAGCGCUAUGACAUUAGUAACGAUAGUUGGAGCUAUGUGCAGUCAAUGAAUGAACCAAGAGGUGGCGUUGGGGUUGCUGCUCUGAAGGGCCAUCUAUAUGCUGUCGGUGGUAAUGGUGGAGUCACGUCAUUGGAUACCUGUGAGAGAUAUGACCCCCAUCUAAACAAAUGGACAGUGCUGGCCACUAUGAACAAGAGAAGAGCUGGAGCAGGUGUAGCAGUCUUGAAUGGAUAUCUGUAUGCAGUGGGUGGUUUUGAUGAUAACUCCCCUCUUGACUCUGUUGAGAAAUUUGACCCGAAACUUAAUAGUUGGAGUAUGGUUGAUAAAAUGUCAUGUAGUCGAGGAGGAUGUGGUGUAGCAGCUCUUGGAGGCAAGCUGUACGCAGUUGGUGGACAUGAUGGAUCAAAUUAUCUGAAGUCUGUGGAAUCAUAUGACCCGAUCACAAACAGUUGGCAGGUUGUAGCAUCCAUUGGAAAAUGUCGUGCUGGAGCAGGAGUUGCUAUGUGUAUGUGUCCUGUACAUAAUCUGAGCAUUACUGUCAUGAAGAACAUUCAAACUUGUGUAUGAUGCCAGGAGAGUCUCUUUCACGUGGAAGGAGAGGUCACAAGUCAAGAGGAAGAUGGCCGAUAUCUGUGAACACUGACGACAGGAAUAUGCAGAAUUUCUCCCUUGAUAUGUGAAUACAGCUGUGUGAUAUUUAACCCUUUGAGUGUCAAAUGAAGUCGAUCUAUAUUUGAGACAUUACAUUAUAAAAUUUGUGUGGGGCACCUUUCCACCGAACAAAUCGUGCUCAAGGCGCUGCCCCCUCAAAGUGUCUCACGUACAGCCAGGUCUUUAACUGACAUUUGAAUUUAAGGACAUCUGAAGCAUCCUGAAUAUGAGAUGGGAGUUGAUUCCAAAGAGAUGGAGCGCAGGCAGAGAAAACCCUGUCGCCAAACGAGGUCCUAGUUCGUUUUGGCAGCGACUUGACAGAGGAUACUGAUGACCUCGUGUGGUGAGUGGCAUCUGCAAGUGGGAGACUUAAGUAGCCAGGGGCUAGUCCACGAAGCACCUUGAAACAAUGGAGCAGCACCUUGAACACGAUCCGGGACUUAAUUGGCAGCCAGUGUCUAAGGUAUAGAAAUUUGAAGGAACUCGGCAGUCAGUUGAUUUUAGUAGAUCGACACCCCACUGCAGCGUACUGGUAGGCAGCAGAGCGGUAGAUGCAGUAAAGCAUUCAAUAUUUGUCUCACCUGUCUUAAGGACAGGGGAGCUAUAGCGAUAGUGUGUCGUCUGUCGUCGUCGUCGUCCAUCGUCUGUUAAACAAUGGUGACACAUUUCUUAACCGCUGGACCUAGAAACAUUAAACUUUAGUGUGUGGGUCUCUUGGGGCAACAGUAACUUGUAUACCGAAAUUCGGUGCUUUUUGAUUAUUGUUCUGGCAUGUAGGGGGCGCUUUGUGAAAACCUUCUUUUGGCCAUAACUACUGAACGCUGCUAGCUAGUUUGACAAAACCUUUAUCGUGCGUUCAUCUGGUGAUAGUGCAUCACAUAUAGUAUUGGUUUUUGAUUUGACGCAUUGUUAGAUAAUGACAAAUUACGUUUACUUUUGUAUCCAAAUUUAAAUAAAAUUUGAUAAAAGGUUAAAUUACUGUAUGUGUUGGUUGUUAUUCCGAUUCCUCUUGUGUCAAGAUCAUGGACAAUAUGUCCUUGCCCCAAUACCCUAGUUGUUGCCGUGUCUGCCUAACCUUAACCCACCUAAGCCUACUUUUCAAGGUCACAAAAUAGCGUAUGUUGGCUGGUGUCUACAUGUCUACAGGGAAGAUCAGUGGCGCAGUGGUUAGAGCACCGGGCUCAUAAUCAGGAGGUCGUGGGUUCGAUUCUCGGAAGGGUCACUGCUGUUUCGUCUUUGUGUCUUUGAGCAAGGCACUUAACCCUACUUGCUUCUCUCCACUCAGGAGUAAAUUGGUACCUAGCUGGCAGAGAUGGCAAACUAUGAAUGUUAGUCCUGAGCGCUGUAUAGCUGCAGCUCGGACCUGUAAUACUCCCAGAGUGUAGAGAUUGAACCAAGAAUGUACAUGCCAAUAGCUAGGGGUAAUAAUGUG